AUGCGCCCGAUCACCCAGUCCCCGGCGCCGUCGCCGUCGUCGUCGUAUCUUCCGCCGCAGCCCAACCUCGUCGUCCCACUCGCCGGCGCCGCCACCACCGCCUUCUCCCUCCUCCUCUUCCUACUCGUCUGCUUCCGCAAAAUCACCCGCAACCGCACCGCCCCGGAAGCCGACUCCAAGCCGCCUCAUCGCUUCUCCUACUCCCUCCUCCGCCGCGCCACCGACUCCUUCUCCCCCACGCGCCGCCUCGGCCAGGGCGGCUCCGGGUCCGUGUUCCUCGGGACGCUCCCGCACACCGGGAAAGACGUCGCCGUGAAACUGAUGGACUCCGGCUCGCUCCAGAGCGAGCGCGAGUUCCAGAACGAGCUCUUUUUCGCGUCCAUGUUCGACUCCGAGCACGUGAUCUCGGUUCUCGGAUUCUCCUCCGAUCGAAAACGACGCCGUAUGCUGCUGGUGUAUGAGUUCAUGGGCAACGGCAACUUGCAGGACGCGCUGCUGCGUAAGAAGUGCCCGGAGCUGAUGGAGUGGAAGAAGAGGUUUUCGAUUAUGGUGGAUAUUGCGAAAGGGCUGAGUUAUCUUCACGGAUUGGACCCGCCGGUGGUGCACGGUGACGUCAAGCCGAGUAAUGUGCUGCUGGAUAGAUGCUUCAAUGUGAAGAUCGCCGAUUUCGGGCUGGCGAGGCUAAAAUCGGAAAUUCACGUUGCGGUUGGGGAAGAUGUGAAGAAGGAGAAGAGUGAUGGCGUGGUGGUGGUGGAGGGUAAUGGUGUUGAAGACUAUGGCUCUGUGGUUGAGGAAACGGAGAGCGUUUGCGCGAGUUUGAGUGUUACUACCGCGGGGUUUGAGGAGUUGAAUUUGGGAGCUGAUCAGUCUCCGGUGCCUGUUUCGCCGGAGACACCGGUGACUGCGUCGCCCGAGGAGAAUGUGGAUAAGGAGGGAGGAGAGAAGCUGAGUGUGAAUAAGGAUUGGUGGAUGAGGCAGGAGAAUGGGAGUUGUGUGAAGGACUAUGUGAUCGAGUGGAUUGGGAAUGAAAUUGGGAAUGAGAGGCCCACGGCUGCUGCUUCGAGUAGUGAAAUGUUGGGGAAGGGGGAGAAGAAGAAGAGUAAGAAGAGGAAGGGGAAGAGAUUGGAGUGGUGGAUGUCGAUGGAGGAGAGUGGGAAAGUUUCGAGCAAGGAGAAGAGGAGGCCGGCGAGGGAAUGGUGGAAGGAGGAGUAUUGUGAUGAGCUGACGAAGAAGAAAAAGAAGAAGGAUAAGAAGCAGAGUAAAGGAAUGAGCUUUGAUGAGAAUGAGAGUGACUGGUGGCCGCACGAUGAUGAAUUGUAUGCUGAGAGCAAGAAGAGGAAGAAGAGGAGGAGCAGGAGUUGGGGGAGUAUGAGUAGUAUUGAUUGGUGGUUGGAUGGAAUGCGUCGUAAUGUUAGUAACAAUUCUGUUAGUGGGGAAAUUCCUAAGAGCUGUGGCAUGAGUAGUACUCCGAGUAUGAGAGGAACUGUCUGUUAUGUUGCCCCGGAAUAUGGUUUUGGUGGUGAUCCUUCUGAAUUAUGUGAUGUUUAUAGUUUUGGGGUGGUAUUGUUGGUUAUUAUAGCCGGAAGGCGCCCACUUCAGGUAACAAAUUCCCCUCUUUCAGAGUUCCAGAGAGCGAAUUUGUUGUCUUGGGCACGCCAUCUUGCUCGUGCUGGGAAGCUUAUUGAUCUUGUUGAUAAGUCCAUUCAGGGUCUGGACCGAGAACAAGCCCUCCUUUGCAUCACUGUGGCAUUAGUUUGUUUGCAAAAGAUACCUGCUCGCCGGCCUUCAAUGAAAGAGGUUGUGGGGAUGCUGAUUGGCAAGUUAGAACCACCCAAAUUGCCACCGGAGUUAACCACAUCAGCUCGGUCACGGUUCUCACACAAGUCCCAUAAAAAAGUCCGGUGAGUUUCUAAUGUACGCUUUUAGUUUUUCGUCAAAAUUAGGUGGUAUACAGCUCUAGAUCAUUGUUUCAUCAUCUUUGUAGAUGAUUUGUGUAUCCAAAGGAGGAAAAGGAAAUAGAUUUUCUAAUUUAUAAAUGAACUGAUCAUUUGAACAUAUUCACUUGCUCUUUCUUUACUGAUAUGGCCUACAAAUCCAGAAUAUAUCUCAGCUUCCUAAGUUGAGGUAAAGUUUGAGCACUGUUACCUGAUCCUAUUCUUAUUGCACUGACUUUGAGGCAGGUUUACUUUGCUUUUUGGAUCUGGUCCAUACUUUUUAGCUUAGUCAUUUGAAUCAGUGUCUAGAAAUUGAACUAGAACUUGCUUAAUCAAGUUCUUUUAGCUGACCCCCUUCACCUAAAGGCAAAGAAAAGCAAAAAAGAAAGAAACUUGCUUUUCAUCAUUUGAAAUUUUUGGUGUAAUCAUCAUUUGAAAUUUCUGGCUAGGGUAGUUGUUGGUUCCUAUCUCGUAUUUUGUGGAGGGUUAAUUGAGUGUGCUUUUCAUACUGAGGACAUUCUUUAGGGAAAGAAAAGUAUAUUAUAAGGUAUUAGUAAAGGUUUUACAGAUUGAAUUUGGGAUGAAGAAUGCAUAUAGAUUGUCCUGUGGCCGGUGCCAUUAUGCAGUUUUGCACAAGUAAUUAAGAUGAUCCAGUAAACAAGUUUGGUUGUUCCAUCAUUUCUGCAGAAAAGGGCAUGAAAUUGAGUUGUGGAGAUGUAGUGGUGCUAUUUUGUGCUUGUUUUAUCUACCAAAAUGAAAGAAUUGUUCUCGAAUAGUUUAGUUUUACUGUCUUGAGUAGCUUAUUACUUAUCUACCAAUAAAUAUGUUUGCUUCAAACUAGAGAGUAACCGGAACUUGAAGCCAUCAGUUCAUUAGAGACUGCUUAUAGUGUGUCCUUACUGGUGUAGUUCUGUAAGGCUGCCAAAAACCAAUUCCAGGUACAGAUUGCUACAAAUCGUUGCUUCGUGCGAGUCGUGACAUGUUCCUUCAGACCAAUCACAAAUUCAUAUAGGGCUUGUUCAUAUUAUCUUCCCCUGUUAUC